AUGUACACAAAGCUCAUCAUUAUAUCGAAUAAACAACAGAAGAAGCCAAUACGAUUGUCGUCGGUUUUUCGGCUGUAUCUGUACAAUUGGUGGAUAUUCAUGUUCACAUCGCUUAUAUUCAACAUUUACAUGGUUUGUCGGUUCAAUGGUAGGUUACUGUAAAGUAGAAUACGGUAUAUUAAUUAAAGAAAGAUGUAAUAUAAAACUUUUGGACAAUUUUUGGUAAAUUCGGCCUAGUUUUGUCAGCUUUUUGGGAACAAAUAUAAAAUUGUCAUGUUUUGGGUCCCACCACGAAAACCCUGAAAAUCAAUUGACUGUCUAAAAAAUGGUGUAAUGGUAAUAUUUAUUACAAAAUACGUUAGUUUAACUCGAAAUUAAAUUCAUUUUUAAAAAAUUUUAUAAGAAUUGGGUCCCACCACGAAAACCUUUCAAAUUAAAUAAAAGCUUCAAAAUUUACUGUAAAUGCCAUUUUAUGAUAAAACCGAAACUGAAAGGCUUUUUUAAAUAGUACAAAUACAUUUUUAAUUCCACUGUAAUACAAGAAUGUCAUUUCAGAACCCCAAUCCACCACAAGUCUCUUUGGCUGGGGUCUAUCAGUCCAGCUUACCAUAAUGAUCUCCCCAAUUACCGUAUUCUUUGUGGUACUAGAGCGAAACCUUGUAUUUCUACUGCCAUUUAAACAACAAAUCCUUCGCUGGUGGUUGAUUCGAAUAGAGUUUGUGGUACUGGCGGCAUUUUACUGUCUGUUCGUAUGUGAAUUACUAUGGGUGACACAGAGUUACAGUGAUUACACGGACUGUAGAGCCUUUGGCUGUUUAAUGAACCGAAAAGGUGGAUCGGUGCAUUUGAGUAUCAAGAUUGCCAUGAGUAUUGGGAACAUUGUCAACAUGAUAUGUUUUAUUGUGGCAUUGAGAGGCAUGAACAAGACUGCUUGUCAUAAGAGGGUAAGUUGGGUAGAGGUAGAGUUUUAUUACCUAAAAAUAUAGUUUUAAAGCUUAAAAUUAUUUUUUUCCUAAGGUGCUAUAAAGCUAAGGCUAGGACUAAGGCAAAGACUAAAGCUAAGGCUAAGACUAAGGCUAAGGCUAAGGCUAAGGCUAAGGCUAAGGCUAAGGCUAAGGCUAAGGCUAAAGCUAAGGCUAAAGCUAAUUGUUAGGCUAAGCCUCUAGCCAAGCCCAAACCCAAGCUCAGGCUCAAGCUCAAGCCCCAUCCCAAUUCUAAGCCCAGACCUAAACCUUAUCCUAACCUUAAGCCUGAACUUAAGUCAGGCUCUCUCUAAGUCCAGGCCUAAGCAUAAGUCUAAAUCUAAGCCUAGGCCUAAGCUUAAGCCGCAGCCAAAACCUAAACUUAAUUUGGGCUUGAGGCUAAAAUUAUAUUUCAAUUUAACUUUAAGCAAACGCCUAAGCCUAAUCCUGUAAUGAAGGUUAAGCUUGAAGUUAAGGUUAAACAUAUUUUAAAGGCUAAAUCUAAACCUAAUUUUUUAAAAUUAAUUCAACUUACAUUUUUCGCUUUUCAGACCAACCGGCUGGCAAUAAUCGUAAUAUGCAUGGAGUUGGUGUGGAACAUAAUUCCUCUAAUAUUAACCAAUAUUUUGAUAAUAUCAAUGAAUUGGAACAUUGCCGCCUACAUUGGUCCAUACGUCCAAACACUUACUGCCAUCGAUGGGCUACUGUCAAGCAUACUGUACACUAACAAUCUGACUUGGCCAAGCGAUUCGGGACCGAAUCCCAGCAUCCGAAGCCAAAAACCCUUCAUGCUUAGGGUUAUGCUGGCUAAAAAAGAGCUUUAG